UGUUUACAACAAAAUAGAAAACUGACUAUGAGAAUAUUAAGCAGAAAGGGUAGAUGGCUAGGCUAAAAUUUCUGAACUCAACUAAAAAGUUCUUACAUUAAAGAGACUGUCCCUUUUGAAAUAUAGUUGGAGAAACAAUAUUGUGACGUCUAUAUUCGGGUUUGUCCGCAAAUAUUCAAAUCUCUUUCGAGUACUGCAAUUAAUUUGACCGCAAGAAACAAUUAGAACAUCAAUUAUAAGCUACACAAUGGCAGUAAUUAGGCUAUCGAAAGGGAGCACGCUUUGUAAUCACCGCGUGUAUAGCUCGUUUUACAACCUCUUUCAAGCGUCAGUACGAAUAUAAAAGCAUUAACGAUUUCUAGCCCAUCAGUUUGGUGAGUCCAACUGUAAAGAUGGGUGUUAUUAUAAAGAGUAGCUUACUGCUGGUUUUGUUUGUGGUCUUGUGGGAAAUAGAAGAAAGUAGCGCACUAAGUUGUUUGCCAUGCAACAAAAGAACAUGCAAAACUCCUAAAUACUGCAAAGGUGGUUUAGUGAAAGAUGUGUGCAACUGCUGUUACGUAUGUGCCAAGGUGAAAGGAGAAACUUGCGGAGGACCCUUCCAAAUCGCUGGAAAAUGUGCAAAAGGUUUGACAUGUCGAAAAACACCAAAACCUGGACAAAUUCUAUUUAAUUUGAGAGGAAUCUGCUCGUGUGGACCAGUGUGUAGAAUUUAUUGUCGGUAUGGCAACGUUCAUAACAGAUUCGGAUGUCCAACAUGCCGUUGUCACAAAUAUCCGAGAUGUCGUCGAUACCCAUACUCUCCGUAUCAUCAUGGCGGGAGACGUUCAUAUCCAUUCUGGCACUGCAGACGUCACGAAACUGUGUUUUGCAAAAGAGAUUGCAAAACAUGUUGUCGACACUCGACUACCUGUGCUCCAAAUCACUGGUACACACGAAAACAACGUUACUGUCACAUCUAUCGCCAUUAACAAGCCC